AGUAGCGAGCAGUUAGACCACGGGGUGCUUGUGGUGGGCUAUGGCACCACUGCUGACACCAAAGAGGACUAUUGGAUUGUGAAGAACUCGUGGGGCACCCAAUGGGGUGACGGCGGGUAUAUCAAGAUGUCCCGCAAUAAGAGCAAUCAGUGCGGUAUCGCCACGUCCGCCUCUUACCCCCUGGUGUAG